GUACAUGGAUGAUGGAAUGAAGCAUAAAGGUGCUGCCACAAAUUUUCUGAAUUUGAAACACUCUUCCAAUUCAUACAUGAAGCACAUAGAGAAUUAUUUUGGAACAUCUUUGGUGUGUCACAUGAAGCAUCCAACCAAGGAGAGCAUGGGACAAGUGGACCCAAAGCAAAGAAAGCAAAAGACCCAUGAAAGAGCACACAUUCACGUGGAAAUGGGCAGCCAACAUUGAAUGGAGUCUUGCUUCCUUUAUUUUAUUAGCACAUGCUCAUGGAAAGGUGAAGUGGAGCACCAAAGGAAUCAUAACUCUCAGCAGCCAUCACACCCAUGGAAGCCAAUGGAUUUAACACAAGCAAGAGAGCUUCACUUUCCAGCAGCAAAAACUUCACUUUCCAGCUGCAACAAUUCUUGGUUCAGCAGAAAAGGGGAGCUAGUGGAAGUACUCCAUUACUUUGAGGGCUCCAUCCACUAAGGAAAUCAUCAUCAUUUUGAGUGUGGAAGAAAGAAACCAUUCUGUUUUUUUUUUCUGAGUUGGGGAAAGAGAGAGCCGUGGGGGGAAACCAAGGAAAGAAAGAAGAUUUUUGGAGUUGGAUGAGAAAAACCAUGAUUGCUAGAAAGAAUGAAGGAUGAUGUAGCUUGAAGUUCUUGGUGCCUUCACCUUUGGUUUUGUACACUUUUUCCAUUUAAGCUUUCAUUCAUCUACUGUUUUCAUCUUGGUAUUAAUUUGUAUUUUGAGUUUGUAAGUUGUUGUUGUAAUUUUAUAAGCAUUGUAAUUUCAAUUUGGAAGUGUUUCAUUCUAUUCACUUGUGCUGAAAAAAACCAACGGAUGUGUAAGUGUUAUUCUUCUUCUUUCAUUUGCUUGUUUUUUUGGUAAGUUUUUGGUUGAAUCCUUUUAUGGUUUAAGGUUGAAUGUUCAUGGCUGUUUUGAGGUAAGUAAUGAAGUAUUGAUUCAUGAUUUUAUUUUAAAGUUGUAAGAAGUAAAAAAUAAAAACAAAGCAAUUGGUAACAUAUGGAAAUUGUCAAAGCUCCUUCUCUUUUAAUGCAUCUUUGAUUUUGUUUUAAUUAAGAAGGAAAGGAAGAGUUGAUAUCAUGGCUGGAAUGGUAAGCAUAUAAUUAAUUGUUUGAAGAUGAAGAAGUAAUUUAGUGGGAAGUAGAUGUGUGUGUACGUGAAAAGCAACCUUGAUUGGUAAGAAGUCAUCAUUUUUCUUCCUCUUAAAAUUUCAUGAGCAUUUAGUCCAUGAGGGACCUUUUCUUGCAUUUAAAUUUGACUCUUCUUUAGUGUUUUUUGAGAAAGAAUACAGUGAAAUGUAAUGAUGUGCACCUUGCUUAUGUUAUGGAGAAUAAAAUUCAAAUCGGUUUUCGAUUCAAAAGAUGACAAGAAGUGCUAAAAAGAGGUAUGUUUUCUUUGUAAAUUAAAUUGAUAUAGAUGUUGGAUGCUUACGGUUUUGGAUGUUCAUUUGCAAUUAUCCUUUCAAUGAAACCAAGCAAAUUUGUCACGGCACAUGAGAAUAUUACGAGAGGAAUGAUGAGUGAGAUGGAAUCAGAGAGAUACACCAGUCAGCGGUGGCGUCCUACCGAAGAUCAGACCAAGAUGAUGACCAACAUAUACAACUAUGGGGUCACACAUCCAAGCAGAGCUCAAGUCGUCGAGAUUGCGUCUCGACUAAGGGCUUUCGGCGAAGCCACUGAAUACAAUGUACACUGCUGGUUCAACAACCACGGCAAUCGGGUCAGGCGCUGGCAAGCAGAGAUAGACCCCACUGGCACUCUCUUUUCACAACUGCCGCUAUAUAUGUAUGAAUAUGACUGGGUGAUUAUGAAGGCACCGAGGCUGCUGGAUCUGUUCCCCAUUCCCAUCAUCAUCGACGACGACAGAGAUGAACGAGAAAUCCCUCCGCCUAGGCCUCCUACAUUCCGAACCAGAGCUCCCUCGACGGAGCUUACCUUAAGAACUCCACCCAGCAACAACUUUCGUUUUUAAUGUUUUGUAUUUUUUAUUUUUUUUUAUUAUUAUUUUUUUUAUGUUUUUAUUGGCCGAGUGUGGCCAGAAUUUGAAUAAGGCGUGUAAUAUGGACAAUUAUUUUUUUUUUUAUGUUUUUAUGUUUUUUUUAUGUUUUUUUUUAUUAUUUUUUUUUUAUUUUGGUGUGUAAAAUUAACGAUCAUUACUGAUCGAACAUCGAACAUCUUUA